AUGAAAUUGGCCCGUAGUCAAGCCCUUGAACUCCUAGAUAACAUGUGUGAAGUGAUAAAACAUGAAGAUAUCAAUGAGCUUCUAACUGCAGCAGACUUCCGAGCUUCGAAGCUAGGAAUGUUUGAGUUUAUUGAUCGUGUAUUGCAAGCAAAACCAAAUCUCGUGUGGACGUCAAUGAGAAGGAACCUAUUUCAGUUUGCCAUUGAAUAUUCGGAUAACAAUUGCGCGCUACAUGUGGCAGGGAUGCUUUCACCAUUAGCAAGGCUCGAUAAUAUCUCAGGUGCAGCUUUGAAAAUGCAGAGAGAACUACAAUGGUUCAAGGAGGUCGAGAAUAUUGUAAGACCCCUGCUUAAAGAAUCUUUAAAUAAGGAGUAUAAGAUGCCACGUGAGAUGUUUUCCGAGAACCACAAUCAAUUGGUGAAGGAAGGAGAAAGAUGGAUGAAAGAAACUGCAUUUUCAUGUACAGUUGUAGGUGCUCUCAUUAUUACCAUCAUGUUUGCUGCAACAUUCAUAAUCCCCGGUGGAAACAAUGGAGAAACAGGCUUCCCAAUAUUCCUGCAUAAAAAGUUGUUUAUGGCUUUUAUAGUUUCAGAUGCUAUAUCCCUCUUUUCUUCCACAACUUCGGUGUUGAUGUUUUUGGGAAUCCUUACAUCACGUUAUGCUGUAGAUGAUUUCCUUACAUCCUUACCAACAAAGAUGAUAAUAGGCCUUUCCACCGUAUUCAUCUCUAUUGCCACCAUGAUGGUUGCCUUUUCUUCUGCCCUUUUCAUUAUCAUCCAUGAACAGUCGUGGAUUGUUAUUCCUAUGAUUUUCCUUGCUAGCGUUCCAGUCACCUCAUUUAUUUAG